AUUUCUUCUGUGAUCUGUCUCUUUGUGUAUGUUGAGUUGAUGUGGAAAGGAUCGUUCAUCUCACUGAAUCACGCAAGGAAUCAUUUCGUUUGGUAUCGUUUGCGGUCUUAAUAGAAUCAAGAUGUCAGAAGCCAAGAAAUCAAAGACAGACAAGAAGGGCUUUAUGGAGCGUCUAGAUGCCGGUGAGAUAGUGAUCGGUGAUGGAGGUUACGUGUUUGCUCUAGAGAAACGAGGUUACGUCAAGGCUGGACCAUGGACUCCAGAAGCAACCGUAGAACACCCAGAGGCUGUUCGACAGCUUUCCAAGGAAUUCCUCCGUGCUGGAGCAGACGUCAUCCAAGCUUUCACAUUUUACGCCAGUGAUGAUAAACUAGAGAACCGGGCGAACAAGUCGCUUGAGAAAUAUACUGGUGCUAUGAUUAACCAGAGAGCAUGUGAUAUCGCAAAAGAAGUAGCUGAAAUUGGCAAUGGUAAUGGACCUGGUCUGUUUGCCGGUGGUGUCUGCCAAACACCUGGAUACCUCUCAGGUGCUAACAAGGAAUCUGUCCAAGCUAUCUUUAGGAAGCAGGUUAAAGUUUUUGAGGAGAACAAAGUGGACUUCCUUCUCGCCGAGUACUUUGAGCAUGUUGAAGAGGCUGUUUGGGCAGUUGAAGAACUGAAGAAGACUGGUAUUCCUGUAGCAUGUUCAUUGUGUAUUGGACCAGAGGGUGAUAUGCAUGGUGUAUCUGCUGGCGACUGUGCCGUUAAGAUGGCAGAAGCUGGUGCUGAUGUUAUCGGUAUAAACUGUCACUUCGACCCUUGGAUAUGUCUGAAAGGCGUCGCUCUGAUGAAGGAAGGUCUUGAGAAAGCAGGACUCAAGAGACAUCUCAUGAUCCAACCUCUUGCGUUUGCCACACCAGACUGUGGCAAGCAAGGAUUUAUUGAUCUCCCAGAGUUUCCUUUUGGUUUGGAGCCCCGUAUCCUGACACGUUGGGAGUGCCAUCGUUAUGCCCGUGAAGCCUACGACCUGGGUAUCCGUUACAUCGGUGGUUGCUGUGGAUUUGAGCCUUACCACAUCCGAGCUGUCUGUGAAGAGUUGAACAAGGAGAGAGGUUUCUACCCUGAGGGAACUGAAAAGCAUGCCCUCUGGGGUGAUGGUCUUCGUCAACACACAAAGCCGUGGGUUAGGGCCCGGGCUCGGCGUGAUUAUUGGGAGAACCUAAAACCCUCUAGCGGUCGACCAGAUUGUGCUUCAAUGUCUAAACCGGAUGCUUGGGGUGUAACCCGAGGUGAUGAAAACCUUGUUCAACAUGUCGAAGAGACCGACGACACAGAACUGAAGAAGCUUUACCAACAAGCAGCGAAAUAACUGUUUCAGAACAGUAUCAAUGACAUCUCAGUGAAUAGUUCAAAACAUGUACAAAUGUUAUAUACAUUUUCAACCUCAGAAUUAUGUGCCUUCGGAUCUGACUUCUUGUCAGACUACAGUAUAAAUUGGUUUUGUGAAGUCUGCCUCCACCAGUACAUUAUUUUUUUACUUCUUGAUACUGCCAUGAAUGUAAGAGAAAGUAAAAUUGUACCCAAGGAUACUUGACUUCAUCUUUUGUUGGUUAUGAAAAUAAUGUUGCUUGUACAGUUAUGGAACCUCUCAAAAGAAAGUUGGAAACAUACAGGGUUCCCGGCCAAUCAAGGAAAAAUCAGGGAAUUUGAUUUUUAAAACAUGCCUCAAAUGAGGGAAAAAUCAAGGAAUUUUGAUCGGCCCAAAAAGUCGAAAGCAUGGUAGUAAGUCAGACGCCGUUAUAUUUUGUUGCAUAUCAAAACAACAUCCAUUGAAUGACAUCCAUUUUUUUGGUGGUUUUUUUUUAGUGUAGCCUCUUUGACUGCAGUACAAGUACUGGUAGCUGUAGCCCAUGACCUAACUAGCGCCUCUAACUGAUGAUUAUGUACACUAAAAGGCCAGAAGGGAGUAGUGCCCCUUGCCUUUUUACACUGAAAAUACAUGAGAUUCACUGCAACAAUUUAGAAAACAUGCAAAACUUGGAAUGGGUCUAAAUAGUAAGGGAAUUUUAAAACUUCAUCAGGGAAAAAUCAGGGAAUUUUGGGCCGAUUGCACGAAAGGGUCUUUGCAAGAAUUGUCUUUCAUGUCGCCCAUUUAUUAUGAUGCGCCAUUUGAAACGCAUUUUAAAUAAAUUACCUGCAAACUAUUUUUAUUCAUCUGUUAAAGUAAACAAAAUCUUUUUUUAUAGAAUGAUGCGAUAUAUCAUAAAAUUAUAUACCAAGGGAUUUAAAUGCUAGCUAACAAAUUUUAUUUGUUUAUCGUACAUUUCUGAAAUAUCCCGCUUAUAACGCAUCAUUAGAGAUGGUCGACAUGAAAGACGGUCGUUGGAAAGACCCUUUCGUGCGAUCGGCGCCUGUUUUCUUGAAAAGCUGGGAACCCUGUCAUAAUUUUUUAUUGUUCCUAAAAAAAACAAUGUGUAUAGUUUUCCAUUAUUCUCUGUAUAGUUUGUGAAUGUAAUAUAAACGCCUGGGGAAAAUCUUUUUUUCUUCAAAAUAUGAUGAGCUUUUAUUUGUACCACAGAAAAGAAAUACUUUGCAACUGAGACUUAUGCUUUCAGCAUUUCUUAUUUCUUUAUUGUAUAUUUAAGUAUCACUACAUGUGCUAGACCACAUGCGUGGAAGAACUAUCCAUCCAUCCAUCGUCUAUAAAACAUCCCAUCCAUUUGGACAUACAGUACACCAAAGAAAAAGAAUUAUCUAUUUUAUAUAUUUUUUGUUCAGUUCAUCAUUUCACUUUACACUCUCGCUCUAAUUGUAAUUUGGAAGUCAUCCUCCAAAUGAAAUUAUGCAUAAAUUUGCUAUUCAGUAUUAACAAUUGUUUGAAAACAAUCAACGUCGAUUACUCUCUUUGUGUUUGUGACUUGUAGUAAUCAAUUUAAAUUACUAAACUUUGUUGUAUAAAUUGUAUGUGAUAGAGAUAAUGAAGGAAAUACGACAAUUUGUUAAAAUUUAAUGUUUCCUUGGUGCACUAUUAAUCCUGCUUAUAAUGUAUGCUACAUGAAACCAACUCAAGGAUGAGGAAUUAUUCAGCUUUGCUUGGCAAACAAUUUAUUAGAAAAGAAUAAAAAAUUAUUAGAAAGAAGCUCUAUGAUUGUUCAUUGAAAUUCAAUGUUUUGUUUAUGUAGUAGGGGGUUAAUUGUGAAUAUUUUUUGUAUCGGGCAUUCAAGUUGAUUUGCAGGUGAAUUAUAUGUCCUUCCAUUGGAAUUGUCAAAGCUUUAAAAACAUACUUUAUGGUGUAAAAUCAACAUAUUGAACAAUUGUCUAAAGAGAAUUAAAAAGUAUUGAUAUUAUA